CGCCCCCGGUCCCCGCGCCGGGCCGGGAGGCGGCCGAGCCGAGCCGGGCCCGCGGCUCCAGGGCCGCCCUCCGCAGGGACUGAGGGGAUGAGCCGUGCCCCGUGGGGUGGUCGCUAGCGGAAGGAUGACCACUCCCGCCCUGCUGCCGCUCUCCGGGCGGAGGCUGCCCCCUCUGAACCUGGGGGCCUCCGCCUUCCCGCACCACAGGGCUACCUUGAGACUCUCCGAGAAAUUUAUCCUGCUCCUUAUUCUUAGUGCCUUCAUCACCCUGUGCUUCGGGGCGUUCUUCUUCCUCCCCGACUCCUCGAAGCACAAGCGCUUUGACCUGGGCUUGGAGGAUGUGCUCAUUCCUCAUGUGGACACCAGCAAAGGGGGAAAGAACCUCGGCGGCGGCUUCCUCAUCCACGGGCAAGGGCACGACGAGCACCGGCACAGAGAAGAAGAGGAACGUCUGAGAAAUAAGAUCCGAGCAGAUCAUGAAAAGGCUCUGGAAGAGGCUAAGGAGAAAUUGAAGAAAUCACGUGAUGAAAUUCAAGCCGAAAUUCAGACAGAAAAGAACAAAGUAGUGCAAGAGUUGAAAAAGAAAGACAGCAAGCCACUGCCCCCUGUUCCUUUACCAAAUCUUAUAGGAAUAAACAGUGGAGAACCAGCAGACUUGGAUAUUCGAGAGAAGAGGAACAAAAUUAAAGAGAUGAUGAAGCAUGCCUGGGACAAUUAUAGGCAAUAUGGAUGGGGACAUAAUGAGCUCAAACCAAUUGCCCGGAAAGGACAUUCCACCAACAUAUUUGGAAACUCACAAAUGGGUGCUACCAUAGUAGAUGCAUUGGAUACUCUUUAUAUCAUGGGGCUUCACGAUGAAUUCAGAGAAGGACAAGAAUGGAUUGACAAAAAUCUUGAUUUCAGUGUGAAUUCUGAAGUUUCUGUUUUUGAGGUGAAUAUUCGCUUCAUUGGUGGUCUUCUAGCAGCAUACUACCUUUCAGGACAAGAGGUUUUCAAGAUUAAAGCAGUGCAACUGGCAGGAAAGCUUCUUCCAGCCUUCAAUACACCUACGGGUAUACCAUGGGCAAUGGUGAAUCUGAAAAGUGGUGUGGGUCGAAACUGGGGCUGGGCUUCUGCUGGCAGCAGCAUUCUUGCAGAAUUUGGCACUCUACACAUGGAAUUUGUCCACCUCAGCUACUUGACAGGGGACCCUGUAUACUACAAUAAGGUUAUGCACAUUCGGAAGUUACUACAAAAAAUGGAUCGUCCUAAUGGACUUUAUCCAAAUUAUUUGAAUCCAAGAACAGGCCGGUGGGGUCAGCAUCACACAUCUGUGGGCGGGCUGGGAGACAGUUUUUAUGAAUAUUUAUUGAAAGCCUGGCUUAUGUCAGACAAGAUGGACACGGAAGCAAGGAAAAUGUACGACGAUGCAAUUGAGGCCAUAGAAAAACACCUCAUCAGAAAGUCCAAUGGAGGGCUGACCUUCAUUGGAGAGUGGAAGAACGGGCACCUUGAAAGAAAAAUGGGCCAUUUGACCUGUUUUGCAGGGGGAAUGUUUGCCCUCGGAGCAGAUGGUUCCAGAGAUGAUAAAGCUGGACAUUAUUUGCAGCUCGGAGCUGAAAUUGCACAUACGUGUCAUGAAUCAUAUGACAGGACAACGUUAAAGCUGGGCCCAGAAGCAUUCAAAUUUGAUGGUGGCGUAGAGGCGGUGGCAGUGCGGCAGAAUGAGAAGUAUUACAUCCUAAGACCAGAGGUGAUUGAGACCUACUGGUAUAUGUGGAGAUUCACCCACGAUCCCAAAUACAGGCAGUGGGGCUGGGAGGCAACACAGGCAAUUGACAAGUACUGCCGUGUCAGUGGUGGCUUUUCUGGUGUCAAGGAUGUUUAUUCCUCAUCUCCUACAUACGAUGAUGUACAGCAGAGCUUUUUCCUUGCUGAAACUUUGAAGUAUUUGUAUCUGCUUUUCUCCAAUGAUGACCUUCUACCAUUAGACAACUGGGUUUUUAACACAGAAGCUCAUCCUCUGCCUGUUUUACACUUAGCCAACACCACACUGUCAGGAAAUCCUGCAUAUCAAUAAAAGCAGCUCUAUGAAGAGGAAGAGAGACUGUUGUCAGCUCUGAUUUGUUUACAUGGACCACUUGAGACUUUAGGCAGGAGAGGAGACAGAGACUUGCUAAAACUACACCUCUGAGUCGAGCAAAUACCGACGUGAGAAACAAAGCUCUUCGACAUAUAGAUAAGUUAAAACUGAAAAAAAAGUUGUUUUAUACAUGACCAAAACAUGGUAGUGUGGUAUUUGCAGGACAGAGACUUCAUGUGCAUUGAAUCCUAACAAGUCAUGAAAUCUACUGUUUCAUAUAAACACAGCAGCAUAAGGAAGAAGAGGCUUUCCCAAUCCAGGGAAAGGAAGUUGCUGCUGCUGUCAGCUGUUUUAAGGAACAACACACCAGUCACCACUUCAGAUCGGGUGGGUUCCAAAUACCUAGAUUUUUUUUUUUUUUCUUUUGUGUUUGAUGAUGGCAUGAACAAAGCAGCAACAAAACACAACAUCACUGCACCAGCAGCAGCAGGAGUGAUGAAUUUUUUUCUGUACCUGUCUAAAUUUUCUAAGGAAUGUCUGUAUGUCCAGACUGGCAGCCAUUCUCAGGGCUUCUAAGCUAUUAAAACUAAACUCUAAACUAUAAAAACUAUUGCCUUCUCAUUAUCCUUUUUCAAAUUAAUGCUGAAAGAUCUCUGUUAUAUCUUACCUCCAAAAAAACUGUAAGCAUUUGGUUUGGAGUUCAAUAUGGGCUUAGUUCCUUUGGCAAGCAGCAGUCACAGAGUCUGGAGCAUAUUGCAAGUGUAGGAAGGAGCCUAAGUUUCCCUUCCUCAGAAAUCCUGUCACAUGGAAAAAUAACAUUUUCUUACUAGUCCUGGGUCUUUUAGCUAAAUAAAUAGAGAUGACACCAUGAGAAGAGUCUCUCAUGAUUUAUAUAACAGGGUACAAUAUAUAGCACUUAAAAAUGCUCCCCUUGAGCAAAGUGGCAGUAAUUUGUUGCUUUAUAUUUUUCCACACAAUCAGUAUUAUUCCUGAAAGUUAUAUUUCAUUCUUUGGAUACUAUUCUUUGAACCUUCUUUGUGGGUAUGUGUAUGACAGAAGCCAAAACCUGCCUUUGCUUUAGCAUACAUAACUCCUUUUCUUCUGUGUGAUCCAGUACAAAGCCAACAUGAUUUUCUUUGAAAACAACGUGACAUCUCUCAUAUAUGAAUGGAAAAAAGAAUCUGAAGAGUCUCUUCUUCCAUUGGUUUAUGAGAAGUGAGAUACUUUACCUGCAUGGAUUAUUUUUCUUCUGAGUAUUCCUAGUCUGAGUUGCGCAGUGUCACUUAAACGGAGUCUCUAUCAAUCCUCACUUACUCGCUAGAAAAGUUUCUUCUUUUCAGAUAUAUCUCAACCUCUUUGCUCUACCAUUCUUCCAAAAUCCUUACAGCUCAUAUUAUUCUUUUUACUCACCUUUAAUACUUCCAGUUUUUAUUAAAUGCUUUAAUUCUGUUCCCUUUCAAAUGCCUUUGCCAUGGUGACUAACCCCCUUGCUGAAAAAGAGCUGUGAGGUUCUUCUUUUGCUCCUAAUUAGUGUACAGGUUGGCUCUUCAAACAAUUUUGAUUGUGUUUUUAUUAGUAUAAAGUGAGUGGAAGAAUUAGUUAGUGAGCUACAGCAGUACACAAUCAGAUCCAAAGGGAAUGAGUGCAAUUUCCCAUCCUCAGAAAAGUUUAUAUUUGAAGUUUUAUAUAUAAAAGCUUUUCUCUCUGCCAUAUUAUAAUAUAUCUGACUGUACAUUACAGUAAAAUUACCCCCCGUAAAAAUUACCUUCAUAUGUCUUUGACACUAUCUUAGACAUAGAAAUCAUCACAUGAUUAAUGACAAAAUGGUAUCAGAUGCUUUUUUGCAGAUAGUUACUUUAGCUUAAGAGAAGGAAGACAUAGAGCUUGGAAAAACCUCCAAUCUCAGUGUUUUUACAUCAAUACUAGUUACUUAGUUACUGUAAUUUGAAGCAGUAUCUUAAAAAUAAUCUGAGAGCUGAUGAAGUCAUUGAUAUAGUAAAUAAUAGACUGUUAUGUAAUUGUUUUUUAAGAAGAAGUAGCUUAAUAAAUGGAUUCUUCUUACUGGUCACACAAUAAUUAUUUUUCUAAUUAGUAUGCUGGGACUUAAUGAACAGUUAGUCAUGGUCCAAAGUUCAGAUAUGUUUCCAAACUGAGUUUCUUUCAUCCCAUGAGAACAGUUAUUUAAAACUGCACUCAAUUGCCUUGUUCUCUGGACAUUCAACAGAGAAAGAGGAAAUCAUUAUCUUCUAUUAGGAGAAAAGAAGGCACUUUGCACCCUGUAUACCUGUCCCCAUACGCCUCCUGAUAAAUGCAGAUGUAGAAUGGCUGCCAGUCUGUUCAGAGGAAGGUCAAGGACAAUUCUGGAGUCCCAGAAACAGCGAACUUCUCACCGUUGUUUGUCACUCUUCCACCCUCCUCUUGUGAAUUAAAGAGUGACCCUUCACAUUAAUUCCUUCAUGAAUCUCAAUGGGUUAACUCACUGCCACAAGAAUGCUUGAAUUGAGGACCUAAGCCAUUUCACGGUAUGGGAUGGUAUUUUUCUCGUAGCAUAUGUACAGUACUGCUAUUUCUUCUUUGUGUAGACAAGCAGCAGGUACCAAAUAAAGGACACUUUUUUCUCAUUUUCCAGUUACCCCAACAGCUGUCAAUUUCUACUUUAUCUGCUCUUUAAAAAGUACAAACUCUCCUUUUCCUCCAGAAGCUACUGAUGUGCACAGUCUAUCAAAAAUAAUGCAUUUUAUGGACUAAUUGAUGUAUCAUACAUGAAUCUAUCCAUCCUGAGAUUUCUAGAGCAAGCGGAGUUUGGAGGCAAUGGGUUCUCAGCAAGGUGGGUGCAUAGCAGCCAAGCACCACAGAUAUGGAAACUUCUGGCUGAAGUGAGGUGCCCUCGGUCUGAGUCCUUCACAGAAAAGUAGGUUGUGAUCUGCAGCAUAGUGCAAUCCGAAGUUCAGACUGUUUUCCCUCUGGGUACAUAAGAUACAGUAGAAUAUUGCCAUUUUCACUCUGUUGCUGCUGUCUUACAUCCUUUCAUGAAGUUAAAGUGUAACUUUAAGCACAAAAUGACUUUUUAGUCCUAGUUGUUUCCAAGUCUUGCACUGUAUUCUUUAACAAAACAAUCCCUGUUUUAUUAAGGUAGGUGUCCCAUUUUAGCAAUUUCUACAAUAUCCUCUCCUCUUACAGGAUGAAAUAAAGAACAGAAAAUCAUGUACGUUUGGCACACUGGAUUUGGGCAAGAGCCUGGAAAUCCCAGAAUUGUCUAUUUCCUGUUUGCAUGCAGUCAAAACAAGGAUGUUCAGUUCUUUCUCUAACCCAAGCCUCAAGCUUGCCUGUUGGUCGAGAUCUGCUAGCAGUACUUUUUUUGUUUCCUAACACUUACAGCUUGACUUUUCUAAGAAGACAGAUUUCUGCAGCUUCCACUGACCACCUGGAGCUGUGUGUGUCCUGCAGUCAAGAAGUCAGCUUCUUAGCUUUGUCCUCUAAAUAAAAACAAAACCCUUCAGUGA